AUGGCUCAACCUUUUAGGCCAACCCCGGCUUCCCAGCAAGUCGUGGAAGACACAGCAAAGGUGAUGGACCGGACGUGGGAAACAAUCCAGGAAAAAACUUUUACAAAAUGGGUGAACAGUAAAUUGGCUGACAAAGGCAUCGAACCUAUUACAGACUUGGUUCGUGCGAUGUCUGAUGGUGUGCGUUUAAUUCAACUUUUG